CUAAGAUUCCCUUUUCCUUGGUUUCUCGGUGGGAUUUUCGUUGCCAAGAAGCACUUAUUGAUACUGCAUGUGCUCGAGGCCAAUCGUCAGGCAUUUUCUCCUGCUGGACACGAGGAGGAAGAUUCCUCUUGUCAUGUGGGCUCCGGCUGUGCGCCGAUGGUGACCAUGGGUGGCAUGUCCAUGGCUGCUUCGACUACUAUUACCAUGUCCACCCCCAGCUGUUGUUCUGCCUGCGGGCUGUGUCUUCUUUUUCUCUGCAUCUGGGAGCUCUGUCCGGCGGCAUCAUGAAGCUCUCUGCCUUGCUGCGCAGUGCCGUGCUGGCGACGCCGUUGUUCCAUGUCUGCCACGCAAAGACCGUCACCUACGACUUCAAUGUCUCCUGGGUCACCGCCAAUCCCGAUGGGCUGCAGGAGCGGCAGGUCAUCGGUGUCAAUGGGCAAUGGCCGCUGCCCGUCAUCGAGGUGGACAAGGGCGACCGGCUGGUGGUCAACAUGUACAACGGGCUGGGCGACAAGAACACCUCGAUCCACUUCCACGGCAUGUUUCAGAACGCCACGAAUGCCAUGGACGGACCGUCGAUGAUCACGCAGUGUCCGAUCCCUCCUGGCGCGUCGAUGACCUACAACUUCACCGUCAACCAGAACGGCACCUACUGGUACCACUGCCAUACCGACUACUGCUACCCCGACGGGUAUCGCCAGGCACUGAUCGUCCACGACAAGGAUGCCUACUUCAACGACAUGUACGACGAGGACAUCUUCGUCACCAUGACUGACUGGUACCACAAGCUGGAUAAGGACAUCGCGCCGACCUUCAUGUCGCUAUUUAAUCCCAGCGGCGCCGAACCCAUCCCGAACGCCUUCCUGUUCAACAACACCGUCAACACGUCCAUCCCCGUCAAGCCGGGAACCACGUACCUGCUGCGCCUGAUCAAUAUCGGGGCCUUUGUGACGCAGUACUUCUACAUCGAGGAGCACACCUUCAAGAUCGUCGAGAUCGACGGCGUCUACACGGAGCCCGCCGAGGCGGAGAUGCUGUACAUCGCGCCCGCCCAGCGCUACACGGUGCUGCUGACCACGAAGAACGAAACCGACCGCAAUUAUCCCAUCGUCACCGUCGCCGACUCGCAGCUGCUGGACACCAUACCGUCCGACCUUCGGCUGAACCUGACCAACUGGCUGGAGUACAACCCCAGCGCGGACAAACCACAGGCGGUCAUGCCGGUCGACACCUCGUCGGAUCUCGAUCCCUUCGACGACAUCGCCCUCGUGCCCUACGACCAUAUGCCUCUCCUGCCGGCGCCCGACCUCGUCAUCAACGUGACGGUGUACAUGAACAACCUGAACAACGGCAAGGGCUAUGCCUUCCUGAACAACAUCUCCUACACGGCACCCCAGGUGCCCACGCUGUACACAGUGCUGUCUGCGGGCGACCAGGCCACGGACCCCCGGGUGUACGGCGAAUUCACCCACUCGCAGGUCCUCAACCACAACGACGUCGUGGAGCUGGUCCUGAACAACGCCGACUCGGGUGCCCACCCGUUCCACCUGCACGGCCACAACUUCCAGGUCAUCGACCGCUACCCGGGUUACGGUGCGGACUUCUUCAGCCUCGCGGACAACACCGAUCCGCUCCUCUAUGACCCCAACAACCACACUGCCUUCCCGACGUAUCCCGCGCGGCGCGAUACCUUCGUCCUGCCACCCAUGGGCUACUACGUGAUCCGCUUCGUCGCCGACAACCCGGGUGUCUGGAUCUUCCACUGCCACAUCGACUGGCACCUGGCACAGGGGCUGGGUAUGCUUAUGGUCGAAGCCCCGCAGCAGAUCCAGGAGCGCGUCUCGGUGCCCGAGCAGCACUACGAGGUCUGCAGGGCCGCCGGCGUGGCCUAUGAAGGCAAUGCGGCCGGCAACACGCAGGAUCUACUGGACAUGAAGGGCCAAAAUAAACAGCCCGGUUGGCUGCCCGGUGGCUUCACCGCGCGGGGGAUUGUGGCGCUGGUGUUCUCGAUCAUCUCCGCGUUUGCGGGCAUGGGGUUCAUUGCCGUCUAUGGCAUUUCAGAUCUCAAGUUCACCUCGGAAACGUCGGGGUUGGAUGAGGAGACGGAUGGGAGCAGGAGCCCUGCGGACGGUACUGCGGAGGGAGUUACUACGGAGACACCACGGUAUCACGAUUGAUCCUGCCGUACACGGGGAGUGAUGGGAACUGUAUUGAUCCCUGUUUUGCUGAUUCAGAGCUUGUCUUAAUGCAAUUAUCCGGAUUGAUUCCCACUGCGAUAUGUAAUAUGAUCUAUGGCAUCCUUCUGCACAUUCUAUCUAGCAGUCUUCCUCGGUUGGACCAUCUUUUUUCUCCCCUUAGUCAGCGCCUCAACCCUAACUAACUGCAGUCUUGCCUUGCCUUCUGUGCUAGUUGCUCAUGGAUCUGUAUCCACUCCAUCUGACCCGUUCCUGCAAAUACGCAUGAUGGGCGGUCUAAACAAUUAGAAAACGAUUCGCAAUUGAUUAUAAACCAG